UCAAUAUAAGCAAACUACCAAGUUAAACUCGACUUCCACCAAAAAUGAUGCAGCAAAAUUUAGUCCAAUACGGCGUCGUCGCCUGCUUCACGUUCGCCGCCGUCAUCAGCUACUCCGCCGGGCGGGACCUCCGGCCAUCUGAUCACGGCCUAGCUUAUCAGAGAGACAAUUCAUCUCCGGCUCAUCGAGACGGCAACAAACAAAAUAUGCUUUCGUUCUUCGGCUCGUCGAUGCCGCGGCCUGAGGUACAAACAGUAGGCGGCGGCGGCGACGGUGGCGGAGGCAGAGACGCGUGGCCGAGCAUGCCUAGAUCACGCGAUCGUCGUAGAGAUCGCGUGAGGUUGGGGUUGCUGGCUGCGGCGGCGAUUUGUGGCUUCGCCGGUGUGGCGUUGCUGGUUGUUUCCGGUCUGGUCUACCACCUCCGCCGCCGUAGAGAGAAGGCCGGAGCUGAGAGAUUGUCGUUGAAUUUGGAGGUUCAUGAAAAGGAAUUAGUAGCUCAACCUUAAUUAUCGUUAUUUGUCCUAUUAAUCUUUCAUCAUAUUCAAAAUGAAUAAUGUACUUACUGUAUGGUAAUAUAUCAAUUUUAAACUCGUGGUAA